AUGCAGACGUCAAUGGUGAGCGCAAAAGUUAGUGUAUGGCUGGUAUAUAUUGUUAUAUAUGGUAGCCUGGUACGGGCUACGCAAUCGGUGUGCUCGUCGCAAAAUACAGCAACCACUGACGGUGUACGAAAUCAAUAUCAGAGCAAUGGGUGGUGUUCAAAUAACUGUGCAGGUCAUCAGUUCGCCAUCGUACAGGGGUUCAUGUGCUGGUGUGGUGAUUCGGAACCCAAUACUCAGACGUCGUUGGGUGACUGCAGUGGCACUUGCCCCGGUUAUGGUUACGAAGAUUGUGGUAAUGAAGAUAAGGAUCUGUUCGGUUAUAUAUAUUUGGGGCAAACGCCGUUAAGUUCUAUAGAGAGUGUGGAAACGUCAACAGUGUCCAGCGCGUACACUUUAAGUAGCUCUACUACGAGUAGUAGCACGAGUAGGGUGGACACGACCACAGCCUCACCAGCUCCAACGUCGACAAGUACAACCCUACCGUCAACUAUGGCGACCAGCACAACGCUAUCAACCGGUGCAACAUCGGUAACGCCAACAUCGACAAGCACAACGUUGUCAACUUCCACCUCCACAAGCACAACGUUGUCAACUUCCACCUCCACAAGCACGACAUCGGCAACUUCUAUCUCCACAAGCACGACAUCGGCAACUUCUAUCUCCACAAGUACGACGUCGGCAAUUUCUACCUCCUCAAGUACAACAUCAUCAACUCCCAUUUUUACAAGCACUACAUCGUCAACUUUCACCUCCACAAGUAUGCCGUCGGCAACUUCUACCUCCUCAAGUACAACAUCAUCAACCCCUACAACCUCGUCUACUACGACACCAACGAGCACAUCUUCAACUACAACAUCAUCCAGUACAUACCCAUCAAGCAUCACGGUGACUUAUACCAGCACAGCAGCGUCUCCAAUAACGUCCACUAUAACUUCUGUGAAUCUGCAGACUUCCUUAAAAUAUUCUGUGAUAACAGUGACCUCCGUGCACACCAUGGACACUAACGUUUCGGAAAUUACUUCAAGAUAUCUCACUAUGACAAAGGUAAUAACACAGAUUUAUUCUUCUACGCUCGCAGCAACCCCCACUUCGGCACUGACCACUACGUCCGCCAGCGUUGGUGGUAGGAUAACGAACAACAACAACAACAAUAAUAAUAAUAAUAAUAAUAAUAAUAAUAAUAACACCAAUAAUAACACACCAACUAACAAGUCUACAGAUAAGAAGGGGUAUUGGGAUUCGCCCGGGAAAAUAGCCGCUACUUUUAUCGUGGUUGGCGUGGUGUGCUUGGUUAUCAUAUGCGUACUAAUAUACUUAAUAUACCAUUAUAGAACAAGGCCGGCUCGGAAGGCCCAAGACUUCGAGAACGAAUACCAGAGUAAGUUCUACCAGUCCAAGUACCCAAAUGAAAUUACCACUACCACACUACAUACGCCUUCACCAUCUUCAGAUUCUACUUUCUCCACCCCGAGAUUGAUCUACACUGAUGAAAAGGGACAAAUUAUGUCCGAAUCACCCUCUCCACGUCAAUCUACGUACUCUUUGACUGCAGGCAGUCCACCAAAUGACCCAACUACGUUGGCAAGCCCAUUUCACGACCCUACUCUCUCUAGAAGAACUUCUACUUUCCUUCAUUCGCCCAUCCAAAAGCAACACGAAAAAAUGGAAUCUAACGUCACCCUCGGCGAAGACACGGUACUGGUGGAUCAGAGACUGGACCCCAGUAAAAUGCUCAACACUAUAGCAAAUGACGAUGCUACAAACCACUCUACCAUCUCGUUAUCAGACAACGUAGACUAUUCCAGGAGGGUUCUGCGGGUAAUGAACGAAUGA